AUGAGCCAAAAACUCUAUGGUUCGAAGCCAGUGGUGGAGACCCCACCGCUCAGCGCCAACAUUGUGCGCAAUUUGAGCGACAAGCUCUAUGAGAAGCGCAAAAUGGGAGCCCUCGAGCUCGAGCAGCUGAUUCGAGACUCCAAGGACGCGAAGGAUACCGAAAAGAUCAACACCAUCAUCAAUUUCAUCACUUCCCAAUUCGCCCUCUCGUCAUCUGGCAAUCAGCGCAAAGGGGGCCUCAUCGCCCUCGCCGCCACCGCCAUCGGUCUCGGCGCGGAAACGUGGCGAUACCUCAACAAGCUUGUGCCGCCCGUGCUCAAGUGCUUCGGCGACCAGGACAGCCGAGUGCGAUACUAUGCGUGCGAGGCCAUGUACAACAUCUCCAAGGUGGCCCGCGGCCGUACCCUCACCUUCUUCAACGAAAUCUUCGAAGGCCUUUGCCGCCUUUCGGCGGACAAGGACCUGAACGUCAAGAACGGUGCGCAGCUGCUCGACCGACUGGUCAAGGACAUCGUCACCGAAAGCGACGCCUUUGACAUUGAACGGCUGGGUGACGGUCCUCGACUCGAGUUGCUCGAAUACCUGCCCGAGUUCCUGGACGGCCUCUUCAAGAUGCUCUCCGAUAACGAGCAGGACAUUCGCACGCAAGCAGACAACGUGUUGGCCGAGUUCCUCAAAGAGAUCCGCUCGGCUCCUCACGUCGAGUUCGGCAAGAUGGUCGAGAUUCUCAUCCCUUUCGCCACUUCCCUCGACGAGUUCACACAGCUGACGGCGCUCAAGUGGGUCAACGAGUUCAUUCUGUGCGGCAAGGAGGAGCUGCUGCCCUACGCUGCCGACCUGGUGGGCGCCAUUCUGCCCUCCAUCUCCCAUCGCGUGCAGGACAUCCAGCAGCAGGCCUCCAGCGCCAACACCUCCCUCCUCCGCCUCAUCAGCGGAACGCAGCAGGAGUUUGCGAUUGGACAGUUCCUGGGGCGGAUUACGGACGAGUUCAAGUCGGGAUCGGUGCCCACGAGGCUGGCCGCGCUGGGCUGGGUGCUCAUGCUCUACUCCAAGACGCCCGAGAAGCUGGCGCCCUUCCUCGACACCCUCUACCCGGCCCUCCUGCGCAUGCUCUCCGACUCGGCCGACGACGUGGUGCGCGUGGACCUCGAGGUGCUGGCCAAGCUGUCCUCGCAGAGCACCUCCGCCACCUACCCCUACUUCGACAAGCUCAUGCACAACCUCGUCUCGCUCUUCUACAGCGACCGCCAUUUGCUGGAAAGCCGAGGCUGCUUGGUGAUCAGGCAGCUGAGUCUGCACAUCAACCCCGAGAAGAUCUACCGAGCUCUGGCCAGCAUUUUGCAAGACCAACAGGACCCCGAGUUCGCGUGCGUGAUGAUUCAAACGCUCAACGUCAUCCUCCUCACUUCUACCGAGCUUUACGAUCUCAGGCUGCACUUGAAGGAUUUGAGCACGCCUGAAAGUAGGGAGCUGUUCAUAAUUCUGUAUCGCUCGUGGUGCAACAAUGCCGUGGCCACCUUCUCUCUCUGCCUCCUAUCGCAGGCCUACGAGCACGCGACCCACCUCAUCGCCAAAUUUGCAGACGUGGAGGUGACGGUCAAUCUGCUGAUGGAGAUCGACAAGCUGGUCCAACUUCUCGAGUCGCCCGUUUUCACGUCGCUGCGAUUGCAGCUCCUGGAGCCCGAGCAGUACGGGCACCUGUACAAAUGCCUCUACGGCCUCCUGAUGCUGCUCCCCCAGAGCGCGGCGUUCAACACCCUCAAGAACCGCCUUUCCAGCGUCUCUUCCCUGUCUAUGCUCCAGCUCCUCCCCCGCGGGGUUGGUGCGGUGGAUAAGGGCGCUGUCCAGCAAGAGAGGAUCCAGGAAGAAGGCAUCGACUUCAAAGAGUUGCUGGAUCACUUCGUGGAGGUGCAGCGGCGGCACCAGGAGCACCGACGCAAGGCCUACAAGGAGGCCCUUACAGGCGGCGGAAGUGGGAGCGAAAGGGAGAGGACGAGCACGGGCACGUCAAGCCUCACUUCAUCAAGCUCGCAGGUGCACACAACGCCGGCCCGGCCGAAGAACGAGAAAAAGAAGUCCAUCGCGGCUGUGCCUGGGCUCGCCCUCACCCAGCUGUUCAGGAGCCAGCCCUCCUCUUAG